AUGAUGCCUAAGCCUUUCAAACCUAUCCUGAGGUGUCCCUCGUUGCUUACAAAUUGGGACACAGAUAUUAAGCGGGAUCUAAUUGUUGAGCGGAUCAUUGACAUUGACCACUAUGUCCGGAAGUGCAAUGUGAUUUCUCUACUUCGUGAUCAGAAUCUGCUUCAUACUCUUCAGAAUGUCGGAUCCUACUCUGAAUGGCUCACUCCCGAAAUUUAUGUCAAUUUGACGUCUGAGACUGCUCUGGAUUUCUCUCCUCUGUUCCACAAGAUUUUCGUGCGCAACACUUGGUAUGACUUCAGUCCUUCUAUUAUCAAUGCUUAUCUCCACAGGUCUGAGAUUGAGGAGCCCUAUGAACCUGCCCUGGAUUUCUUGGCGUCUGCCUUGACUCAUGCUCAGCUUACUGAAUGGCCGCAAGGUGAUAUCCAAUCUCAUCUCCUGACAACAGUUUAUUCCGUGCUAUUUCGAUUUGCAUCGCACAACUGGCUGCCCAAUGCUUCACGGCAUGUUGUUACACCUAAGAUGGCAAAUUUGAUCUACAAAAUUCGCAACCAUAUGGGUGUUGAUCUGGGGACGAUUAUCUUCGAUCACGUUAUGUCAUUUACUCCCCUGAAAGAGUCUAAGGUUCACUUGCCAUAUCCAUGCCUUCUGCUUGGUAUUCUGAAAUCUCAAGGGUUUAAGCCCUAUCCCAAUGAGCCCAUCAAAACUGCAUCUGCCAAGUUCUCUACGGAUGCUAGACUUUACUCAGGCACUCAUUAUGAUGAUCGUGCAUCCCUUCUUACUGCACCAGUUUUUUAUCCAGUGCCUCCUCCUCAGGAAACUCAUUCGGGAUCAUCUGCAGCCCCUUCUGCCUCUACUCCUGUCUCUGCUUCAGUUCUGGUCCAGCUAAAAAGUCAGGCUGCUUUUUAUCAAGCUACUCUGGAUAAUCUUAAAUCGGCGGUUUCUUCACUUCAAGAUGUUAUUGCUGCUACAGAACCUAAGCUGAUCGCGACUCAUCGUCAAAUUAAUGCCUUAGAGGAACAGCUUGCUUCGUAA